UCUGCCUGCUCAGUUCCUUCCCAGCAGCAGCUGCUCCAGGGACAAAGGCGCCAUGCAGCCCCGGGCCCUCCUCCUCGCUGCCCUCCUGGUGCUCCUGGCCUCUGCCCGAGCACAGGAGGCGGACGAGGACUCCCUCCUGAAACUCAUGCAGGACUACGUGCAGCAGGCCCAGGAGGCCCUGACCAGCAGCGUAAAGGAUUUGUCUAUGGCCCAGGAGGCCAGUAAGUGGAUGUCGAAUGGCUUCAACUCCCUGAAGGACUACUGGAGCUCCCUCACAGUCCCGCUCUCCAACUUGUGGCCCCUGGCCCCUGGGGCCGCCCCAGGGACCACCCCGGCUCCGGCUGUUUAGGCCACCUGAGACCUCAACGCCCCACGCCUGCCUGCCCAUCCAUCCUGUCGGCUCCUUGGGUCCUGCAGCCUCCAAGGCUGCCCCCGAAAUUCGCUCGAAAGGGGCAGCAUUCUCAGUGUCCUCCCCUCCCACCCCCAGACCUGGCCCCAGGCUUGCUGUCUUCCCAAUAAAGCUGCUGUGAGUGGGGCAU